AUGAUUUUUCCAAUUGUCCAUCGUGAACGUAAUCCUAUGGCCAUACCACAUCUAAUUCGUUGCUCUAUCCACACAAGUCCCACAAUCACAAAAACUGCUUUUGCACCAAUGCAAAAAUCCGUAGCCGGAUUUGAUCAGUCAUCUACAGAUCUCUUCAUAGAUGCAAAUCAGAUGUACUCACCAGAGUUAUUAUCCUGUAUGGGAAAGUUGAGACUGGCGUGCAUCUUUAAUACAGAAUUCAGCCGAAUUCUGGACAAAUACGUCAGUUCUGGUCGACUGGACAAGAUCACUGAUAUGUUACGAGAAGAGGCUCAAUUUCUAUGCGAUCUAGACGAAUAUAGUGCACUAACGACAUUCCUGAAUGAAAAAAUGAUGGCAAUACAAAUUGCACAGGAAGUAACCGCCAAUCUAUCUAGCACCGAGAAGGACCAACUAAACACAAUGGAAAACCUCAGCGAUACUAUCGGCCAACGCUUUUUCUACGUACAGAAGUUCAGCGUUAGUCUACUUUAUUCAAAUUUAAAAACAUUCGUGAAAAACUUGGGAAAAUUCGGUUACAAUGCUAAAAGAGCCGGCUGUUCGGAAUUUAUUAAAAGGCUUUGUCUCUAG